GAGACGUUGCAAUUGCCAAAAAAGAUAACAGUCAAAGCAUCACAUAACAAUGAGGACCUUGCACAUCCUUGAUAAUUCCCAACUCUCUGGAGUCAGGAAGAGGUAUAAGGGAUGAAAUUUAUCAUAGGGAAAUGUUUUCGUGACUCUCUGUGUUCUUGACGCCUAAAGCAUCAAAAUAAACAGCUGUCAAUCAUGUUAUCCACAAGAAGUCGAUUUAGGGUUCUCAGUGAAAUAGCGGAGGAAGAAUUAGCAGAAUUAUCUCAAUACAGCAAUGGUGAUCCAGAAAUGGAAAAAGCUCAAGCUGAGGCUCGACGAGACAGAAGACGAACCAAAAUCACUCAGGAAAUGUUUGAGACAGAAAAAACCUACCUCAACCAUCUAGAGCUUGUUAAUAAACAUUUCGACUUUCCUUUGCGGUUUAACUGCCUAAUCCCAGAGGAUGUCCACAGCAACAUUUUUAGUAACAUUGAGCAAAUCAUGGAAGUGAACAAAACUCUGUUAGAGUACAUGGAACACACUACAAUAGGAGAGGCCUUUAAGUACUUAGCACCAUUCCUCAAGCUGUAUUCCUCAUACGCCAACAAUCAUGAAAAUGCCAUCAAUUUACUUCAGGAAUGGAGGCAGAAAAGCUCAGGGUUUCAUGAAUUCAUACAAAAUCAAGAAGAGAAAGCUGACAUGAUGGGGCUCAAGAUCAAUGCACUUCUUAUAACACCUGUUCAAAGAGUUCCAAGAUACAAAUUGCUUUUGGAGGACCUGUUGGAAAACACCUCUACAGAUCACCAUGACUAUGAGGAACUUAAAGAGGCAGUACAGAAAGUCAGCGACAUUGCCACCCACAUUAAUAACCACAUCAAGCAGCAUGAAAAUUUCCAGAAAAUGCUCAGCAUUCAGAAAUGUUUUGAUAAAUCUGCUCCUAAGUUACUCACACCAGGCCGAGAAUUCAUCAAGGAGGGCAUAUUAAAAAAGAUUUCCAAACGAGGAGGAAAACCCCACGACCGGAUGUUCUUUCUGUUCUCGGACAUCCUUCUGUACGGGAAGCCCCGGCUGCUGGACAGCACCAACAACUCCUACACCUGCUGCUGUGUGCUGCCACUCAAGCACUGUCAGCUGGAGACUGUGUUUGGGGGCUCCAAACGGGGGGCUCAGGAGAACACUGAGGCAGGGGGGAUGUUUAAGAUCACUUGCAAAGAUGAGAGCUUACUUCUUUUCUCCAAUGAUCCAGAGGAGAUGAAGAGCUGGACAAAUGAGCUGGAUUCUGCUAUCAGGAAACUAAGUAAUAAUCGUUCUACAUUGAGAAAACCAAGUAGCAACAAAGCUCCCAUGAGAGGAAGGUCACUAUGGAAACUAAGGAGGCAAGAGAAGCAGAAAGAUCAACAGAUCCGCCGCAUUAUCAAAAAGAAUGAGCCCAACUGCAACAAAUUGUCUCCAUUAAAACUUGUCCAGGAUAUAGACACCAACACAUGUUUGUCUCCUUGGAAACGUCCCAAGCUCUGCUCUUCUAAACUCUCGUCUACACCUGUUGGAGCUUAUGUGUCAAGAAAGGGACGACUAUCCAGGCCUCCCCCUCCAUCAGCAUUGUCUGAAAAUAUUCCACCUCCACAACUAAAUCUGGAGAACGGCUUUGUCCUUUCUCCGGUGGUGGCCCAAAAGACAGAGAGUGAAGAGGAGGACUCCUUCCUGCAGAUGACCAUGGGGGACAUUGGAAAUGCUACUGUAGAGUUUGACUCUUUCUGUAGACUAGGAGGAAAUGACAAAGCAGAUGCAGACACUGAUAGUAAGAGAUAUGGGUCAGGGACUGGGCAUGAGGACUUCACUAGAACAUCUCUCUCAGGAAAACAGCAUCUCACUAGACAUCCUCUGGAAAGAUUUUCAGAGCGGGGAAAGACUCUGAAGAAACGAUGUCAAAAUGCCUUAGAAAGUGCCCAGACUCGAAUAAAUGAGACCAAGUCAUACUGCAACAUUCAGUGAGCGGACAUUAGAAGCAUGACAAAGGUUUUCAGGAAAAUGCCAUUACAGCAAUAAAUUUCCAGGCAAACAGAAACAAUAUUGUGCACUUUUACUUUUUGUGUAAGAUUUUGAAGGUUUUGUAUGAAUCUUUACCUGUCCAGUAUUUCUCCUCUAGGAUUGGGAAUAGUUAUUUCUUUUAAUUUUGAGUUCUUUAUAACUUCUGUGUAAUUAAGCAAAACUGAACAGUGGUUUGAGACAGUAUUUUAAAAUCAUAAAUAUAUGUACAAAUGUACAUAAAAAUCUCUUUUAAAAUGUACUUAAAACAAUGUAUUGACUUUUAUUUUGUGAUCUUUUUUGCAUUCAAACUGAUAGUGCAUUCUGAUUGAAAUGGUGCAGUUGUUUUGCUGUUGGUGCAUAAACAUGUACAUGUAUUUAUUAUUACCCAGAGCUAUUGCAACGUUUAGUUGAGUAAUGCUAAUAAAUUGGGUUUAUUGGUAAAAUAAAAAAAAUAAUUCUUAUGUUUGGACAAAUUGUUGUAAUUGUGGAUCGGUUCAUUUACCUAACCAGGCACUUAUCAAGCCACUUCUCAUUUAUGUUGCAUUUCUGUAUAACUUAUUCAUGUGUGAAGUUCUAUUUUAAUCGAUUAAGCUUGAUAAUUUGUGUAAAUCUAAAUUUUUACUAUUAUAUAACUUUGUUUAAUCAUUUGUACAAUUUCAAGAUACUUUUGAAGAUCAUGUGCUAAAAAAUACAAAAUGUAGCUGAUUUGCAUUUUAGACAUUUCUGUUAAAAUAUUUUCAUUUUUAUUCAUAUUUUUUCAAUUUUUUAAGAUAUUUUUGUAAUUUUUUCGUCACCAUAUCAAAGUCUAUGGAUUUUGGAUUGACUCAAUGACAAUUUAUCUAUGAUCAAGACACCAGUAAGUACAAAACCUUACUAGUUACUACAUCAAAUGAGUGUAGAACUACUGGGAGAGAUAACACUUGGACAUUAUACACUUUAAUGUAAAUGUGUGUUGUUGUGUUUAUUCAGAAUCCAUGUAUUUUUCUCUAACAAGAAUUCAGCAAUAUAUUUUAUUAUAAUAUAAUUUCAUGUUAUUUUAACAAAAUAUUUUAAGAAAUAUUUUUAUGGAUAUUGAAAGAAAUCUAAACACAUGUUUACUACAUAAGUGUAAGCAUUGAAUAAAAAGCAUUUUUAAAUUGCA